AGUAAACUUUUACCGUGAAAUUACAAUUAUUACGUCGAGCGUACACCGAGACAUUAAUCAAAUUUUGCCUUUCUCGCUUUUGUUUUAUGCGGAGCUUAAACAGCGUAACACAAGCAAGACUAGGGUGAAAGCGAACGCAAACAAAGGCAUCGAAACAAAACGGAGGUGACACAGCCACCCUAACCCAAAGAAAGUUCAGUCCAAUGCUGGAAACUGGAUCGAUAGGCCCUCUGCGCCAGUAGGAAGCAUAUUUCAGGGAAAAUUUCGAACAAAUCGCUGCCUGCCAAAGCUACAGUUCGUUGCUGACGAAGCGCUUAUCAAUAAAAUACGAACGUUAUUUGCACACCUCACCUGCGACAGCGACAGGGAAACGGUGUGAUUCGAACAACGCCGGUAACCGCACCACAGUUUACCCCCGGCCACCGCAGCGUUUGCAACUCAUCGGUUCCAGUGCCUACUACGACCAGACAAGAUUAUUCGUCGUUCGCAGCUCGCGAUAGACGGGUUUCGUGUAGGGUCGAUCCUGUGCGCGUCCGACGCUGUGCUUUAGUGUGUGUUGUGUUCUCGCCGGAACGUGGAAUAUUCCCGUAUUUACCAGUGCCGUGUGCGUGAUUUAGUCGGGCCCGUUGCUUCACAGUUCUAUUGACAUCCGGUGUCUUUGGUGCAGCAAGAAAAGGUUGCGCUUAUUGCUGAAUUUACAAUUCAACCCUCUAUCCCACUUCGGACGAGCCAACGUCCGCCGCCGAAAAUGGUCACCGCUUCGAGUGUUCUUGGCAGCACCAGUGCUGUUCUGGUGUCGCUUUUUAUAUUGCGUAAGGUUUUCCCCUGGAUUUAUCAAAACCUUAUCGGUCCAAAGGUGUUCGGCUGCCGUAUUAACCUGAAAAAGACCGGCGAAUGGGCCCUUAUCACCGGUGCAACCGAUGGCAUAGGAAAAGCUUACGCUCAGGCGCUUGCCCGAAAGGGUCUCAACAUUAUUUUGAUCAGUCGCACGCUUUCGAAGCUCCAGGAUGUGGCUAAAGAAAUUGAAACGGAAUUCAAGGUGCGCACGAUGGUUAUUGCCGCUGACUUCACAAGUGGGUCCGAAAUUUACGCACAAAUCCAACAACAAAUUGAGAAUAUGGAAAUCGGUGUGCUGGUGAACAAUGUCGGCAUGAGCUAUGCGAACCCGGAAUACCUGUUGGAAUUGCCGAACAAUGAAAAGCUCAUUAAGAAUCUACUCAGCUGCAACAUUCUUUCAGUGACACGCAUGUGUCAGCUAGUUAUGCCCGGCAUGGUGAAACGGCAUGCUGGUGUUGUGAUUAACAUUUCAUCGCUCUCUGCCGUCAUUCCCGCACCGUUGCUGACCGUCUAUUCUGCAUCGAAAGCGUACAUGGAUAAAUUUUCCGAAGAUCUCGCCUCAGAGUAUGUGAAACACAAUAUUGUGGUGCAAUCCGUUCUGCCAGGACCUGUAGCUACCAACAUGUCAAAGAUUCGGAAGAGCACUUGGAUGGCUUGUUCGCCAAAAGUGUUCGUAGCUAGCGCAAUUAAUACGCUUGGUCACACUCGCCAAACUACAGGCUACUUUCCACACGCUUUGCUAGAGUUAGCCAUCAACAUGAUAAGCUUUGUUUCGCCACGCUUGAUGGAAAAGCUUACUAUAAACACUAUGCAAAACAUUCGCGCAAGAGCACUGAAAAAGUCGACAACCAAAUCAUCUGCGCCCACUGACGCAACAGAACUAACCGCUUCGUCGUCGUAAAAAUUCAAACAAAGCAGGAUGUAUGAAAACAGACAGACGACUGGUGUCCUGUUGAACGUUACGAUACUACUGGUAGGAAACUGAUACGCAUUUUGGGUUGACCUAAGUAAUGCCCAACAAAUGAGCGGUUUCUAGGUUUAGUUGUAGUGUUAAAGAAAUAGUCAAACCGGCUGGGCAUUUAACGAUAAGGCGAAUGGGGUUAAGGAUCAAUGCGAAAAAGCUGACAAAAGCAGAAAACAAAUUCACUACUUGUCCUAAGCUAAGCAUCCUAGUCCGGUUUAGGGAAAAGGUUGCAUGAAAUGGAAGGUGCAAAUAUAGUGUAAUAAGUAACAUUAUUUCCAAAUCUUCUAACAAUCGAAGCCUAUAUAAUUCAACGCAAAAUUGUUAUAAUAGCAAUAUGAUGUUGUUCCCCAAUAAACUAAAUAAAAUCUUGUCUGAAUACGUACCCA